CCGCCUGGGGCUUUUUUUUUUUUUGUAGGGUUUCAUUUGCAUAUGCGUUAGCCGCCACAGAAACCUCUGGAUUCUUUUUCUCUGACAUUUCAGGCGAUCGCGAAAUCGGAAAGAGGGAGAGAGAGGGAUGGAAGGUUUCAAGAAAUCUAUUGUUUUCCUCACCUCCACUUUUGAUCCCUUCCUGGAAUUCAUAUAAUACAGGAGGUUGAAUUCUGAGGUUUACACCGUUUCAGCUCUGCGUUCGAGGUUUCUGAAUCACUGUUGACUUAUUGAGGAAAGGAGGUAUAUUAUUAUCAAGAACUUUAUAAACGUAGAUGUAUUGGGAGUUAUGAGAUUUUCUCUUGCAUAUAGAGGUACAAAUAGUGCUCUCUGCAAUAGACGGGUUAGAGUGCAAGUCUUUUGUUUAAGAGGGUAAAAUGCCAUCUGCUUAUUUCUCAAGACUGAGAGCUGCAAUCGGGAGGUCAAUUGUAGGGCAAGAAAGUGGGCUCCCGGAUGCGGUUGAUGUGGUAAUUGGGCAAGGGAAGUCAUUGUUUGGCAGUUCUGGCUUGUUCCAUUCUUUAUCAUCAUCAACUCCAGAUCUGCACGUGUUAUUAAGACCUGGAAGUGUAUUUGCUGCAAGACCGGAGUUAGUUAGCCGAAAAAGGAAUAUCUCUGUCGUUGGAGCACUUUCCCGUACACUAUCCAUUCCAUCAGUUUCUGGUCCUUCCUUUCAGAUCUGUGCCUAUCAUAUUGAUUGCGUGCUUAGUGAACCUACAAUCAGUAGCAGAUUGCAGAACAAGUCCAUGGCUGCGUGUGGUUCCAGAGCUGUAUUUAGUGAUUGUUCCUUGGAUAAUUUAACUUCAAGGCACAAGCACCUUUCAUUAUCAACAAAUAGUACCAGUAUCUUUUAUAGCAACAGAAGUUUUGAGAGUUGCAGCAAAGCUAGCAUGAGUUUAAAAAAUUGUGACAAACCCAACAGUAAUGCAAUUUAUGGAUAUUUCAUGUAUAACGCUGCAAAGAGGUUGUGCAAUAUUCACCCGUACAUAGAAUCAGGACCAAGAGACUUUCAUAGCACAUCAACCACAUGUUUCUCUGCUGGGACUGCCCCUGAUGUAUCCUUUGAUAAUUCUACUCGUGAGGAGCAGCUUGGAAAUUCUACAGACUCAUCUGAACAGAAAAAUUCGGCAAGCAAAGCACUGAAACUACUUUCAGGAUCAUGCUGUCUGCCUCAUCCUGAUAAAGAAGAAACUGGUGGGGAGGAUGCACACUUUAUUUUUGAUGAACAAGCCAUAGGAGUGGCAGAUGGUGUUGGUGGCUGGGCAGAUCUUGGUGUUGAUGCUGGAGAGUAUUCGCGGGAGCUCAUGUCUAAUUCAGUAUCUGCUAUUAAAGAGGAGCCCAAGGGUUCAAUUGAUCCCGCUAGGGUCUUGGAAAAAGCUCACUCAAGUACAAAAGCCAAAGGUUCCUCAACUGCGUGCAUCAUAGCACUCACAGAAGUGGGCAUUCAUGCAAUUAAUUUAGGGGACAGUGGCUUUAUGGUGAUCCGAGAUGGGUCUACUAUCUUUCGAUCUCCUGUGCAGCAGCAUGAUUUUAAUUUCACCUAUCAACUGGAAAGUGGGAUUAAUGGUGAUUUACCUAGCUCUGGUCAGGUUUUUACAUUUCCUGUUGCUCCGGGGGAUGCUAUAGUUGCAGGCACAGAUGGGCUAUUUGAUAACUUGUACAACAAUGAGAUUACUGCAGUGGUGGUUCAUGCCGUGAGAGCUGGCUUUGGGCCUCAGGUGACAGCUCAGAAGAUAGCGGCAUUGGCACGUCAACGAGCACAGGAUAAAAACCGGCAGACACCUUUUUCCACUGCUGCUCAGGAUGCUGGAUUUCGCUAUUAUGGUGGUAAGCUUGAUGAUAUCACUGUUGUUGUUUCGUAUAUCACGAAUUCUAGCAAUGUAUGAGAUUCUCUCUCUCUCUCUCUCUCUCUCUCUCUCUUGUAUAUACCCUAUUUCAUUUUAAUUGAUCUUCAAGUCAGGGUUUUUGUAGAAUCAAACUCUUGGUUAUACAGGUGUAUGCCCUCACCAUUAAUGUGAAAACAAAAUGGUAUUUCUUGGUUUGAA